GUGCCACAUGGAAAACCGGGAGAGCGGAGCUCCGUCCUCUAUUCUGCUGGCCAGUUUUUCUUUGAGUACCUGGUGGUGGUGUCACUGAAGAAGAUGUCAGAUGGACAUUAUGAACCCAAGAUAACCUACCAAUUCCCAAAGCGUGAAAAUUUGUUGAAGGGCCAGAAAGAGGAGGAGGAACGUCUCUUACAAGCCAUCCCCCUCUUCUGCUUCCCCGAUGGUAACACCUGGGCCCCCGUCACUGAGUUCACCAGCGAAACCUUUUCUUUCGUCCUGACCAACGUGGAUGGCAGCAGGAAGAUCGGCUACUGCAGGCGGCUGCUGCCAUCCGGCCGUGGCAUCCGCCUCCCUGAGGUCUUCUGCAUCAUCAGCUGCCUGGGCUGCUUCGGGCUCUUCUCCAAGAUCCUGGAUGAGGUAGAGAAGAGGCGGCAGAUCUCCAUGGCGGUGAUUUACCCCUUCAUGCAAGGCCUUCGGGAAUCGCCCUUCCCAGCUCCAGGGAAAACCGUCACCAUUAAAAGCUUCAUCCCCGAGUCAGGCACAGAG